CGAGCGCUGUAUAUCUACAUCGAUGCCAUCUGAUUCAGAGAGUCUUAGGGGGCGCAUUCAGCUGAAUGCACUGUCAGAGUACGGUCGCGGGCGGCAGUCGAGAAAAACAUGGCGUCAACUUUGCUUGGCGAUGUCGGCAGAUUCAGCACCGAUGAAAGAGCAGAAUUACAAGAGCAGUUUACAACGGAGGAAAUCUAUCCUGGUUAUCGUAUUCCCAUGGGCUUGGGAAUAAGACGUCCAGGGCGAGGCAACAAGGGCGAUUGCAAGCCAGAGGCGGGCAAGGCGACUGUGCGCUGGGCCAGCGGGAUUAGCAAAACUCGGCACGGGCAGGGCUAG